CUUUUACGGCUUUUUUUUCAGUCACCCCUGAAGUGAGAUGGCUGGACAGAGCCUCUGUCGUGUUGAUAGUACGCAUUGAUGUAUUUUUGGAGGUAUUCCUGUUCUUUAUCUUUUGUGAGCAGUAGUUGAAUCAAAGAAAAGCUGUAUAAAAGCAUGUGGAACACAGCUAUUUCCCCCGCCAACAGCGAAAAUGGCCCGGAAGGCGACCGCUGCAUUUCUUUCGGGAAGCACAAGGGAAAGACCUUCAAAGCCGUUUACGACACGGCGCGGCAGUACGCGUGGUGGUGCGUGGACCAGUUGCGGGCCUCCCGCCACGACCACAGCAAGCCGAAAGACCAAGCGUUCCAAGAUUUUGCGAAGUACGCGGAGAAGCGCCGGAGAGUCGACGAGGCACAGGAGAAGCGGGAGGAGGCACAGCGGAAAGCUGAGGCUCUGAGGAAGCUGGAUGCGGACAAGAAGCUACGCCAGCAGCAGCAGCAGCACCAGGGGGGCAACGCGCCGAAUGGAAAAGAGCCGGCUAUUGGAGGUGGUGCCCCCGGAGCCGCGAACAACAAUGGCCCUGCAAAUCAGGUCGGCGCUGGAGGUAACGGUGUGCAGCAAGCCUACAGUGCCGCGGAUGCUAUCUGGGGCACUUCUUGCAAGGUGAUGUUUGGAAAGCACAAUGGCGAGUUGUACCAGGACGUGUACAAAACCGACAAGAAAUACGUCACUUGGGUCUGCGGCCAGCUGCAACAGGAGCGGAAAGGGAAGCUCUUCGGCCGGCUAGACGGAAACUUUCGCAAAUUCGCUAAUUACUGCGAAAAGAAGCGCCAGGAGGAGGCAAUCGAGAAGGAAGCGGAAAAGCAGGCCAAAGCGGGGCAGCGGAAGUGCGGGUUUUGCAAGCAGUACGGGCACACGAAGGCCAAUUGCCCGGAAAAUCCUGAGGCGCAGGAGAAAAAACGACAACAGGAACGGCGGCAGCAGGAGAAAAAGGAACAGCAGCGGCAGCGGAAGCGCGACCAGCAAGGGGGCUACUGUAGCUCGGAUUUCGGCUCCGACGGGGAGUACUGCUUCGAUUACCGUGGGCGCAUGGUGCGCAAGGACGAAGAAGAUUCCGAGCUGGUGAAGGCGGCGAAGCGUGGCGACCUAGCCGCGGUGAAAAGAGCGGUUGGCGGCGCCGCAGCCAAGGGAAAAGUGGAGAAAAGUCGCUUCUUGAACUACGCCCGGCGCUGGACCGAGGUUGGCGAUUACAGUAACAAAGAGUGGGAGUGGUUCGGCGACACGGCGAUUUUGGGAGCGGUGCGGAGCGGUAGGGUUUCUUUUUGGAAAUGUAUCAUGUUGUGUAAUUCAUUUCAUAAGAAGAACUGAUCUUUUGGCUUCCGAAGGGGCGCAAAGGAAUAAUUGACUGAAGGGGCAGCACUCCUGUCAUGAAAACCUUCUUGAACCAGGUCACGCUGAUGUGGUGUACUAUCUGUUGCGCGAGGGGGCGGACCCUUGCUUUUCUUCCUGCGUCCGCGAUGACGAGUACGAAACAGUUGCUGAAUGCAUCAAAAAAAAGUUGAACAUCGGAACCGGAUCUUCUGCGCCGUCCGCCGCGGCUUCCUCUAGCUCCAGCACCCGCGGCCAGACGCAACCCGGCUACCAAAAAAUCAGAGCGCUUUUGAAUGCGGUGGGGUCGUUCUGGGCCGACUCUGACUUGUUGGAGAAACAAGCGGUCAGGAAUUACGGUGCGCACUACCACGCUGCGGGGCACUGCGCAACUGCACCGAAAGACAUGAGCGGGAUGAUCAAGGCCUUGGAUGCUGCAUAUGGCGUGAGUCCGGCGGUGAAUACGGCGUCUCCUGGUUCUGCUAGUGAUGAGAUGCCAGUCAUGUUGGCGGCCAAGAGGCAAAAGGUGGCGUAAUCCUGAAGCGGGAGAAAGGGCUUAGGAGGUCGAAUGUUUUCGUUUUCUAUAUCGAACUAUUUUUGGAAAAGCAAGUUUUUUUUUUCGUUUUGGGAUCUACAUCUAGAAUUUCAAUUUACCUAGUAGUUGAGCGACAAUGUUGGCGACACGGAAACCGCUUCUGCCAAGGGCAGAGGCUGAUCCACCAAUCGGUAUAGUUUUGUUUCACGAUCAGGACCGACUUGGAGUUUGUUUUCUAGCAUGUUUCUGCUGCAUGCAGCUCUUUGAAAAUUUUCACAGCCAGAGCCAUCACGCUUGUUUCCCAUUUGCUUUUCCUUGUUCAAGUUAGC